AUGGGUUUGAAAGGUAAGAAGGGGCAAAAAUCUGAAUACGUGAAGAUAAGAGAAGAUGAAAUAUUAUUCCUCCUCUAUGUACACAAGGCCAGUGGGGGCAACCCUGGUCUCCCCCCUCAAUGCAGUGGUCAGUCAUGUCCAGGGAAUACCUCAGAAGGGCUGAAACAUUAGAAAAUGUGUCAGAAGGAGAAGCACAAGAUGUAGAGCAUUUGCUACAUCAUAAAUCUUCACGCUGAAAGGUUUUGUCUUACUUUGUCAAAUAAGAAGAGGGUAGGCCUUUAGUGGAUGCUAGCAAGUGAUGCAUUUGGGCAUGUAAAGGUAAAGGGACCCCUGACCACUAGGUCCAGUCGUGACCGACUCUGGGGUUGCACGCUCAUCUCGCUUUAUUGGCCGAGGGAGCCGGUGUACAGCUUCUGGGUCAUGUGGCCAGCAUGACUAAGCCGCUUCUGGUGAACCAGAGCAGCGGACGGAAACGCCGUUUACCUUCCCGCCAGAGCGGUACCUAUUUAGGUAACUACUUGCACUUUGACGUGCUUUCAAACUGCUAGGUUGGCAGGAGCAGGGACCGAGCAACGGGAGCUCACCCCGUCGCAGGGAUUCGAACCGCCAACCUUCUGAUCGGCAAGUCCUAGGCUCUGUAGUUUAACCCACAGCACCACCUGCAUCCCAAUUUGGGCAUAUACUGGCAACCAAACUAAUAACAAACUGGUUUAAAGCAGAACUAUAUUCAGCGUACUACUUUAGAAUUAGACUAGUUCCAAAACACAAAGAAGCUAUCAACAUUGUACAUUUGGAGUUUAACAUACUGUACAUUUGGAGUUUUGCAUAUUUACAUUUCCCCUGUCAAAUUCCUGUAGGAAGGACCACUCCUCACAUCAAAUGGGGGGCGCCUUUCGGUAGUACGGCUGGUUUUACCCUCCCCAGGAUGGAUACCUGGAGGUCUCCGCCUACCUCAGCCAAUCGCCCAAUCCCACCUGGGGAGGCGUUGCCAAGGGAUCAGCCAGGUAGGGGGAGGGACCGCCCUGCCCACACAACAGAAGGAGAAUCUUACCUGUAGGAAAAAGGAAACUGCAGCAGCUAUUCUGUUUCCAGCACUUACAAGUGUCAGAAAAAUGAAUGAUUAUUUUACAUCCCAGGCAAGAAGGAACUUCCAGAGUCGAAGCUCGUUGUGGAGAAAGUUCUACUUAGGAGAAAAUUUAUUCCCAGCCCUCAAGGCACAAAUAUCAUGUUUGCGUUCUUCGCUCAACACUUCAACCACCAAUACCUCCAUACAGAAAAGGACAAAGGGCCAGCCUUCACAAAGGCCUUUGGGCAUGGGGUAAGCUGAAAGAGUCAUGACUUCGACUGGUUAGCUAUUACAAAGUAGAACUGUUAUGCAUUUGAGGGUGCUGGAAAAAUACAAUCUCUAGACCUUAUAAAUGUUAGAAUUCAAUUAAGGCUUGGGGGUACAGAGUUAUGUGCUAGACACUUUUCUUUCUUUUUCAUACAGUGGUGCCUCGCAAGACGGAAUUAAUUCGUUCCGCGAGUUUUGUUGUCUUGCGAUUUUUUUCAUCUUGCGAAGCACGGUGUCGGGAAAGUUUUGGAAAAGCUUCAAAAAUCACCAAAGUCUUUAAAAACCUCAAAAAAGGCUACCACACCGCGUUCUAUGAGUUGCUCCUCGAAGUCAAGUCGCAACUGUAUUAACGGCGUUAAGAAAAAGGAAACAAACUUGCAAGACGUUUCCGUCUUGCGAAGCAAGCCCAUCGGGAAAAUCGUCUUGCGAAGCAGCUCAAAAAACGAAAAACCCUUUCGUCUAGCGAGUUUUUCGUCUUGCGAGGCAUUCGUCUUGCGGGGCACCACUGUAAUUUUUAUUAAAUUUCCUGUUUUACAUUUUUCACUUAAUCAACCUUAAAAUAUCAUUGACUUCCCUUCUCUUCCCAUGGUUCCUUUUGCAUAAUGCACACUCAUACUUGAUAAUGUGGGUGCCCUUUGUGGGAUUGCGCGCGGUGCUACGGUUCCCAGGGAACUUAUUAAUAAAAGGGGACUGGCUUGCUUCUCAGUGUAUUAUUUGGAGGUUCACGCCCAGCCUCAGUUAUCAAGUUUCUUGCUGGGAGGGGGGCCAGCCCCAUUUAUAAUAGGGGAUGAAGCCGACAAUAGCCAGGCAGUCGGCUCUGGAGAUUCACCCUCCCUCCCAUCCCUCUGUUUAAUGUUUUCUUGUUUACAGGUUAACUUUUUCUUCCUGUUUAGCGGGUGCUGCUACGGUCUUUGACUGCUUGUUGUUGAUGGUCAGGGAGGAAAUUUUCCUGCAUUUUGUCUUCCCCAUAGCAGUUCGCCACAACUUUGGCGGUUAUGGCGGGGAGGGGGGGCGUGAAGGGGUGACUCACCCCCCUGCAGUGGCAAUUCCAGGGUCCCCUCUUAAAGGGGUUAUAUAUAUGGGUGUCACUGGCCAUACACUGAAAAGUUGUCAGUGAACUACCCUGUGUGUGGGGAUAUGGGCUGGGCUGCCUGCUACACUUACAUCUCACAGAGCACCCUCAUAUCCCAUUUACCCUGAUGAGCCCCAGUUCCCCCCGGCUGGGGGGCUGGGAGGGAUACACGCCUAAGGCCUACGCCAAGGUCUUCCUACAUUUGGAAGUUUAAUAAAGUUGUGGCCUAAUUUUUAAUUCCAGAGUCUUUAUUCCUUUCUUAUGAUCCCUGGGGGCUGGGGCUGUUGCGCCUGGUCACGCAACAUAAAUCCCUACGUAUUAUAAACUACACCAUUCAGUAUCCCAUUAUUACAUCAAUCAAAGCUUAUUUACACUGUUGAAUUUAUCUUAAUGCUGCCCACAUUUCCAAAUAUACACAAUUUCCUCCAUAUAUUCAAUAAACAUUUUCCAAUCUUCUCUAAACCUAUGUUCUUCUUGUUCUCUUACUCUGUGUUAGGUCCACAAGCUGCACACAUUCCAUCAGUUCAAGUUGCCAUUCUUUUUUUAGUUGGGACCUCGCUUGUUUUCCCAUUUUGGUGCUAACAAAACACAGGACUCAGUAGUGGCAUACAUAAAUAACCUUUUUUGACACCUGGGAAUUUCAGGCUGAAUUAUCCCCAACAAGGAGGACUCUGGGUUUUGUUUUUUUUUGGAAAAGUACUUCUAAGCAUUUCUUUCAAUUCAUUAUGAAUUAUUUCCCAAUACUCUUUUACGCUUUUACAGGUCCACCACAUAUGAUAGAACGCACCCUCAGCCUCAUUGCAUCUCCAUGUGCUAGAUGCUUUUAAUCCCCUGGAAUCAGCAAGUGUUAAAAGAUAAUUGUAUUUUAGUGUUCUGUUGGAAGCCGCCCAGAGUGGCUGGGGAAACCCAGCCAGAUGGGCAGGGUAUAAAUAAAUUAUUAUUAUUAUUAUUAUUAUUAUUAUUAUUAUUAAGCCAGGCUAGCCUCCUGGGUCGAGGUAAAAGCCUGGGUGAUGCACCAUUAAGAAAACAAGGAUUAGAAUGGUGUAGGUUAGAAUGGUGAGAGUUAGGAAUUGUGUGACUAAGACACAAAACAGGAGGCAGAGCAUGAUGUCUGACAUCUGUCUGAAUUGAAAGCUACGGCUAUGGGAGAAGCAAGACCCUUUGGGGUUUUAAUCCUGUGAGACCCUCCAUCGUAGGCUCAGGUUGUAUAUAUUUGUAAAUAAGCCUUAUAUCAUAAAGAUGCCACAGUCUCCACUCUGCCUCAUUUCCAAAAGAAAAUAUGGACCCUGGGUAAGUGCCUGGAAUAUGGACCCUGGGUAAGUAUCUGGAAUAUGGACCCUGGGUAAGUGCCGCUGGAGACUGGGGUGGCAUGCAACACAAUUUCUAUUAGUUCCUUCAGAAAGCAGGAACCCUUCUUAACAACCUUGUUUACAAUGAUAUGUAUCACCACCACCCUGUGUUGUGUAUCAGAAAAAAAUCAGUUUUAUAUGCCAGGGCUCAUUCUAUAUUUAACCCAAAUACAGGCAUGCAAUAGCAAAACAAUUUUUCUAUAAAUUAAGAAUAUUCAUAUCAUGAUGUAUUUUGAGGACUGACCAAACUCUUUCCUCCGUUGUACCCUCACUGCAGCAUAUAUCAUUCUGAAACUUUUAGAGGGAGAUAACUAAUUUUACUGGACAUUUACGAAGUGUUCAACUUUCUUUGGGCGACAACUAGUAUAUUUAAGUAAUAUUCUGUCUGUUUUUAUAUAUAUAUAUAUAAUUUUUUAUUAUUUUCUUAUAAACAGCUUUUCCAUCAAUACAAUAGCCAACUUAAAAAUCCCUUUUACUCUGCUGAGCUUAUUCUGUCUAUUUUGUAAGGGCUUCACCCUGAAUCUAUUUGUUUCUCUGUCUCAUCUGUCAAAUUAAAAAUCGGACGUUCAUGUUCCUAUCAUUUCAACAGGUCGAUCUAAAUCAUAUCUACGGAGAGAAUUUGGAUAGGCAGCUGAAACUCAGACUAUUUAAGGAUGGGAAGAUGAAAUUUCAGGUUGGUUUGGACUUUUUCUGAAAACGCUGCAGUGUGUUGAGAAAAAGAGAGAUUGUAUUUAUGUUAAAGUAUUUACUUGGAAGAGUGGUGUGUUCCCUCUGAUGCAUAGAAGCCCCACAGACAUUUUAGUAACUGCACCAGCAACCAUUUCCCCCCUAGAUAACUAUUUAAGGAGUAUAGACUAUCACAAUGCCACAAUCUCACAAAAAUCUCUGUACUUGAAAUCCACUGGAAAUUGUCAAGUACAGUGGUACCUCGGGUUACAGACACUUCAGGUUACAGACGCUUCAGGUUACAGACUCCGCUAACCCAAAAAUAGUACCUCAGGUUAAGAACUUUGCUUCAGGAUGAGAACAGAAAUUGUGCGGCGGCAGGAGGCCCCAUUAGCUAAAAUGGUACCUCAGGUUAAUAACAGUUUCAGGUUAAGAACGGACCUCCAGAACGAAUUAAGUUCUUAACCCGAGGUACCAUAUAAGCAUAUUAUAUUUGAACUGGAUUUUAGUAUUCUUGGCUGAAAUUCAGUAUGAUAGAAGAUUCUAUAUGCUGCCAUGCUCAUUUAUUUGUUUUUUUAAUUACAGAUGAUCGAUGGAGAGAUGUACCCACCCACAGUCAAAGAAACUCAGGCAGAAAUGAUCUACCCACCACACGUCCCUGAGCACCUGAAAUUUUCUGUAGGGCAAGAGGUCUUUGGUUUGGUUCCAGGGCUGAUGAUGUACGCCACGUUAUGGCUCCGGGAACACAACCGGGUCUGUGACAUUCUGAAGGGCGAGCAUCCAGAAUGGGAUGAUGAGCAGCUGUUCCAAACUACCCGCCUGAUCUUAACAGGUAAUUCUUACAAUUGCUCAUGGUUAACACACAAUUACUUGAUGAAAUUUUGCUGCUGCUAGAUGUGGCGAUGGCCAUCAUCUAAGAUGUCUUUAAAAUGGCCGAGACAGUUUCAUGGGAGAUAGUUCUAUCACCGUUUGUUGACUAUUGUUGAUUCUGAGCAUCUCAGGGACAUUUUGUGGGCCGUCGUUGGAAAUGUAGUGCCAGACAAGAUGGACACUUGGAUUGAUUCAAGAGGACUGUUCUUCCAUUAUUCAAUGUUGCUGUGACUUUUAACUGGGAGCAUGGCAUUCCACAGCAGAUGACUUUCGCUUUCUGUUUGCCUGCUGGAUUUUGGAUGGCUUGCUGCAGAUUUGAUUAGGGACUUAACAUUGCUCUGGAAACAAAACUAAAAGAUUUGACUUUAUUGUGGGAAAACAGGAGCAACCAUCAAGAUUGUGAAUGAAGACUACGGCCUGAAAGCGAGAUGAGUGCCACACCCUAUAAUCGCCUUUGACUGGACUUUUUUGUUUGUUUGUUUGUUUUCUUAUACAAAAUUAUAAAACGUACCACAUAAUUUAUCACAAAUACAAUCUUAUCGGACUUCCAUCAACACCUCUGAUGAUCCUCCGUCUUAAUCACUUCUUAACUUAAUAUUGCCUUUACAUCUCUUAAACAUAUCAUCUCUCCUUUUCCAUUUUUACAAUAUUUCCAAUAAUACUCCUCACAGAACUUCUUGGAAACCUACAAACAUCGUCUGAUAAUCACAGAUACUUUUCAGAUAAUCCGUAAAUUUACUCCAGUCUUCGUUAAAAUUCUGGUCCUGCCGGUUUCGGAUCCUUCCUGUUAGUUUAUUUAAUUCUGCAUAGUCCAGUAACUUCAUUGCCUUUGGCUGGACUUAACCGCCAUGGGGUCCUUUACCCUUUUAUUGUUUAGGAAAUGAAAAGACUGACUGACUUUUGUUUUCUGUGGGGAAACAGGAGAGACCAUCAAGAUUGUGAUUGAAGACUACGUGCAGCACCUCAGUGGCUACCACUUCAAGUUGAAGUUUGACCCAGAGCUGCUCUUCAACCAGAGAUUCCAGUAUCAGAACAGAAUAGCGGCAGAAUUCAACACCCUUUACCACUGGCACCCUCUCCUCCCUGAUACCUUCCAGAUUCAUGACCAAGAGUACACAUACCAGCAGUUCAUCUAUAACAACUCCGUCUUGUUAGAACAUGGUCUUUCCCAUAUGGUGGAAUCCUUCUCCAGGCAAAGGGCUGGAAGGGUAAGAAUAUAUUUCCUACUAAGAAAUUGCAUAGCCUUCAUCUUGAGGCAACAUGAUACAACUGUCCUCCUGUAUUGUAAGUCACCCUUGUGUCUGAAAAGCCUUUAAACACAGAAUGAUUAUCUCUUUCUUUUUUUAAAUAAUAUUUAUUACUUUCCAACAAUUUAGACAUUACAUAGAAAAAGAAAAUAAACAAUACAAUACAAUACAAAAACAAUACCUAACACUGAACUAACAAAAACAAUUUAAACUAAGAAAACAAAACAAAAACAAUUUAAAACACAUCAAAUAGUUUCAAUCUUUCAUUCACUUAUUUCCAUGACCUCCUCACACCUCCCUUUUUGUAUUCCACUUCUAUUAGUUGUUUCAGCAAUUCCUUUCCAUCUUCCUCUGCUUUCUAUAAAACACAGAAUGAUUAUCAAUGGGGCCUUCUGAGAUUUGGUGAACAGUUUUGCAGUAUAUGCAGCUUUCUCUGUGGCAGCAGCUUUUAUUGCUCUCCUGUUGUUUCAUUUUCUGACAGAAGGCUGAAUAGCACAAGCAGUUUUACAUUGUAAAUCAAGAGAUGAGCGUCUUUUACAUUUGAAGUCCGGUUGAUUUCAAAGGGGCCAGAAGUUCUUAUGACCUACUAUUCCAUUUGAUCAGUUUAUAAUGCAACAAAUGCACAAUAGACAUUACAGUGGUGCCCCGCAAGACGAAUGCCUCGCAAGACGGAAAACCCGCUAGACGAAAGGGUUUUCCGUUUUUGAGUUGCUUCGCAGGACGAAUUUCCCUAUGGGCUUGCUUCGCUAGACGAAAAUGUCUUGCGAGUCUUGAGAUUUUUUUUUCGCUUCCCCCCCCCCUUUAUCUAAUCCGCUAAGCCUUUAAUAGCCUUUAAUAGCCUUUUAGCAGCUAAUCCACUAAGCCUUUAAGCCUUUAAUAGCCGCUAAACCGCUAAUAGCGCUAAUCCGUUAAGCCGCUAAUAGGGUUGCUUCGCAAGACGAAAAAACCGCUAGACGAAGACUCUUGCGGAACGGAUUAAUUUCGUCUUGCGAGGCACCACUGUAUUAGUUAGGGUCGUUUCUCUACAUAUACUUGUAGAAAAGUAGCUUUUAUCACUGAAGUGGCAAACCUGUUCACUAUUCUGCUUGAAGAAACUUGCAUGAUGGAAUGUCCCUCAGUUUUCUCUUCUAAAAAAUGUUCCUUCUAUAUACAAAACUAGAAGUUGUGGAAGAAUUCAAGUCUAGUAUUUUCCCUGAUUUAUUUAUUUUUUUUCUGUGUGAGAACUGGACUCUGAGUUUAGUCUCAGUGAGAACAUACAGCUCUGCCUGAAGUAACCAAGUUUAACGCAGUCACAUGUGUUUUCUCUACUUCUCCAUUCUACCCAAAGGAAGGCCAACUCCAAAACCUCACAUUCCUAUUUUUGGAACCAUGGUGGCAAGGCUUGUAGGUAUUAUGGAACGCCAUGCCAUACUUGUGCCAACAUAUACAGCAUUUAAGCUCCAUUUUGUUACUCACAAAAGGGAUGCGGGUGGCGCUGUGGGUUAAACCACAGAGCCUAAGACUUGCUGAUCAGAAGGUUGACAGUUCGAAUCCCCGCGACGGGGUGAGCUCCUGUUGCUCAGUCCCUGCUCCUGCCAACCUAGCAGUUCGAAAGCACGUCAAAGUGCAGGGAAGGUAAACGGCGUUUCCGUGCGCUGCUCUGGUUUGCCAGAAGCGGCUGAGUCAUGCUGGCCACAUGACCCAGAAGCUGUACUCGGCCAAUAAAGCGAGAUGAGCGUCGCAAACCCAGAGUCGGUCACGACUGGACCUAAUGGUCAGGGGUCCCUUUACCUUUACCUUUUUGGUACUCACAUUACUCCAUUUCUUUGAUAACAGAUAUCUGGUGGACGGAAUGUCCCUGCUGCAAUGCAGAAAGUAGCUAAGGCCUCCAUUGAUCGAAGCAGGCAGAUGAGAUACCGCUCCAUGAAUGAGUAUCGGAAGCACUUUAUGCUGAAACCCUUUCAGUCAUUUGAAGAGCUCACAGGUAAGACCUUGUCCUCUACUUAUAGAAAAACAAGAGAUUCAUUUUGGGGGCAAGGCUGCACAGCGUAGAGAUCAAACCUCUGCUUUGCAUGGGGAUGUUUGGGGUCCAAUUCUUGGCAUCUCCAAUUAAGGGACAGCAAUUAGCAGGUCCAGGAUUGUGUAGGCAGCUAAAGGCUAGAUGCUCCAAUGGGCUGGGUUAGACUAGGUCAUAGUUCAGUUCUAUGCUGCCUCUCAUCCCAAAAGCCCUCAAGUUGGUGCUCAAAUGUUCAAAUCCAAAUCCAAGAUUCAAGCAAUAUAACCAAUAAAUGAAUUACUCAGUGUGUUGAGAACGCUACCAGACUUUUAGAAGACUUUUAGAAGACAUCUGAAGGCAGCCCUGUUUAGGGAAGCUUUUAAUGUUUGACGGACUAUUGUAUUUUAAUAUUUUGUUGGAAGCCACCCAGAGUGGCUGGGGAAACCCAGCCAGAUGGACAAGGUAUAAAUAAUAAAUUAUUAUUAGUCCUUUCACGUGGACUAUCAUUCUGUCCUGCCAAAUCCCAAAACAUGUUUCUGACUUCCGGAGGUGGCGCCAACGGCAAUGGCGGAAUCCCUCUAAUCUAGAGGGAGAUCGCUCCACAGAAAUCCGGUCUAAAACCGCUUCGGCGCAGCGGGGACCCUUCAAACCACAGGCGGGUGAAGCCUGUGACCCUGGGACUCGGCGGGCACUGUUUGCGCCCCCAGGUCUGCAAAGGAACCCGGCAAUGGGCUCCGGAACAGAGCGGGGAAGUGAAGGCGCUGUGCUGUGAGUCGUCUGCUUCUUUUGUGGAGUGAAGCCGCGUAGCUGUUGCCAGAGAGCGCUGCCUUUUUUCCUGGACAAUUCGGACUUUAAAACAAAUAUCCGUGAGUACCCAGAAUUUGGACAAAUUGGGAUACUAAAGGAAGAUUAGUGAAAAGGGCAGAAUUGGACUAUAAAAAAAAAAGAAAGAAAAAUUGAUUGAAUUUGGUACGGAGCGGUAAGGGCUAAACAGGAAGUCACCCUUCCGUUCUUUUGUAAAUAUAACAAAGCAAAGUCAAAUUGUACUAGAGCUUUGAAAAUUGCUCUUAAAAGAGUGGAAUCCAACAUUUUAAAUUGGGAAUAUUUUUUUUUGGACUAUUUGAAGCAGUAAAAGGAAGUUAUUUUCGUCCUGAUCCUGGAGCGGGGAAGUCAGGACUGACGUGAACAAAUCAAGGUAUCUGUGUGUGUCAGAUAGUUAAAAGAAGAGAAUUUUUGUGACUCUAUUGUUCCCUUUCGCACUUUAAAGGAAUAUAUAAGGAUAAAGGAUUUUAAGUAACAUGGAAAUGUAUCAGAAACAAAUAUAAGUCUUCCCCUUAGGGGGAGCUUUAGAAACUGUAACUAAAUGCCAAGGACUUGACAGUUGUUACAAAGAACCGUGGGAGAGUGCAACAAUGUUUUCAGAAGUUGUGGUUUGCCUGCUCAAUGAAACAAAUAUUCUACUGGAAGAACUACAUGAUAAGGUGAACCAGAUGGCCAAGUCGACUGGAAAUCUCGGACUGGCAGUGGAAGGCGUUGAUCAAACUGUGGGAAUAGAUGUGGAGUCUAUCCAGGAUUCAAACCAGGAGUGUGUUUUGACAGAACAGGGGUUUGUGGCAUUAAAUCAGGAGUGUGGCUUGACAGAACAGUCUCAACAGGAGCUUGAUCCUUCGGACUUGAUAAUGGAAUUUGGGAAAAAUCAGAUAUGGGAAGGGAAAGUUCGGUGUGGUUUGGAAAUGGGGGGCUGGAUUGACCCCCCUAUGUUGGGAUAUUUGGACUUUUUAAAUUCAGUAACAGGCUGCGACAUGUUUGGAAAUGUGGGGGUCCACAAAUUCGGGGGGCCCUUGAAGUAUGCUCUUAAAUACUACAUGGAAUGCAGCGAUGAACAGGGAAAAGGAUCUGAUCUGAUGAGAAGGGUUAAAAGCACUAUUAAGUUGGAGCUACUACGAGCAAGUGACUACAGCCACAAAUAUGAAGAAAAGCUGCGGAAGGGCCAUGGAAGUGACUUGAGGGCCUCGGACAUAAGGUCACCGGGUUAGUUUGAUGAAUAAGGACUGACAAAUCCCGAAACCAGGAGGAAGGGACGUUGGAUUAAGAUUGGACUUGAUUAUAUGCUUCUUUCUCUUUUUUUGUUUUUUUUGUUUUUUAACUAAUAGAAUGUUUUAUAAAGCUGAUGAAUGAUAGAAUGAGAGAAAAAUGAAUGAUAGGAAAAUGUUGGAAGAAUUUACCUGGCUUUAGCAAAAAUGUAUAAAGAAUUAUGAAAGAACAUUAUGAAUAUAAGAAGUGGGUAAAGUCAAGAUCUAAAUUUUAAAUUUUAAAGUUUAUUUUAUAAUAGAAGGAAAGGAUUUGCUGGGAUAAUUAAAAACUAUUAAAGAAUCAUGAAAGAACAUUAUGAAUAUAAGAAGUUGGUAUAAUUAAGAUUUAAAUUUUAAAUUGUAAGGUCUAUUAUAUAAUAGAAAAAUGGAAAGGAUUUGCUGGGAUAAUUAAUAACUAGAAUACAAAGGAAGGGAGGAGGAGGAGGUCUAAUGUUUUUUCUUCUCUAUUAUUAUUUUUCUUCUGUAUUUCUUACUUUUUCAUAUUUUUAUUUUUUUACUUUUGUAUCUUUUUCUUAUUGUGUGUAAGUUUUUGUAUUCCCUAUUUUCUGUUUUUGUGUAAUUUUUGUAUUUUUUUUUGUUUUCUUUUGAAAUCUCAAUAAAUAUUAUUAAAAAACAAACAAACAAACAAAUCCCAAAACAUGUUUCUGUUCUGCGGAGACUUGGAAGCAUUUUUCCGCCAUUUAUGCUGGAAGAAGUACUUUCAACACACACAAGAAUAAGACAAAGUAGAACAAACAACAUCUUCACAACACAACAUCUCUCAACCUACUGGGGAACAACCACCACGCUCCCAACACAUUAAUGAACAGAACAUUGACCACUAACUACCACUUAAAAAGAGUUACACAAAAAGGGACUCCACAUGGACCCCUCCUGAUGGAUGCAAUACCACACUAGAUCUGUACAUCGAUUGCUUCCACCACAGAAACCAAACGGAUAUGACCAGAAAACACCAUCACUUACCACCAGGUUUACUACACCUAUCAGCCAAUCACCCAUUCCCAUCACCCUUCUGAGUAAUACCCCUCCCCACCCUCUCACUAUAUAUAAGGGUCUGGUGACUUCUGUUUCAGUAUAUCUGAAGAAGUGUGCAUGCACACGAAAGCUCAUACCAAUAACAAACUUAGUUGGUCUCUAAGGUGCUACUGGAAGGAAUUUUUUAAAAAUAUUAUUAUUAUUAUUAUUAGUUUUUUAAAAAGUGUUGAGUUCCUGCAGAAAAGCUCUGUUGUCUUUUAUUAGAGAUUGGGUAGUUGCAGCCCCUCCACUGAGAACAUGUACUGUCUUUUCAAGCUGUAAGGUAAAAGGUAAAGGGACCCCUGACCAUUAGGUCCAGUCGUGGGCGACUCUGGGGUUGCGUCGUGGGCGACUCUGGGGUUGCGGCGCUCAUCUCGCUUUAUUGGCCGAGGGAGCUGGUGUAUAGCUUCUGGGUCGUGUGGCCAGCAUGACUAAGCUGCUUCUGGCGAACCAGAGCAGCACACGGAAAUGCUGUUUACCUUCCUGCCGGAGCGGUACCUAUUUAACUACUUGCACUUUGACAUGCUUUCAAACUGCUAGGUUGGCAGGAGCUGGGACUGAGGAACGGGAGCUCACCCUGUUGCGGGGAUUCGAACCGCCGACCUUCUGAUCGGCAAGUCCUAGGCUCUGUGGUUUAACCCACAGUGCCACCCGCGUCCCUCAAGCUGUAAGGAGAGAUGCUCAAAAGAGAAACUGCAUGUUCUAAGGAUGGAAAGGAAGAAAGCAGAGGUUGUGGGGAGUCCUUCUUGGAGAUAGUUUUCCAUAAGACUAUUCUGUGUCAACCAUAGCUUUCCUUGAAAAGAUUUGUAAUAUGAUUCAUUCAUUCUUCUGUCGCUGCAUUGACUUUCUCCCUGUUGAUGCAAAAUUUAUUCAGGAUUGCAGAGCUUGACUUCCCCACCAUACUAUUUCUAUUUCAUGGCAGCUUUUGCAACACUAAUGAGGUCUCUCCCUGUCCUCCUUUGUAAGGCAACUUCCUUUCUUAUUCUCAGAACCUCGGAGAAGAACCCGCUAAUGAUUUGCAAUCAUAUACAAAACCAUCCCCCCAACUGUUGGAGAUUCCCUGCUUAACCAUGAUUUUUGCCUCUUGUUAUCACAGGAGAAAAAGAAAUGGCUGCAGAACUUGAAGAACUCUAUGGGGAUAUUGAUGCUAUGGAGUUCUACCCAGCUCUUCUUGUAGAAAAACCAUAUCCUGGAGGUAUAUUUGGUGAGACCAUGAUAGAAAUUGGGGCACCAUUCUCUUUGAAAGGUCUCUUUGGAAACGCUAUUUGCUCACCAGAGUACUGGAAGCCCAGUACCUUUGGGGGCAAAGUUGGCUUUGACAUAGUGAACACAGCCUCCAUCCAAAACCUUAUCUGCAACAAUGUGGAAGGCUGUCCUCUCAUGGCUUUCCACGUCAUAAACCCCGCAACAGCAGCAACGAAUAACGUCAGCACCUCCAGCACAGCAAGAGACGAGACUGGCCCACCGUUACGAUCAAAAGAACAGUUUGCUGAACUAUAG